AUGUUCGCUAAGGUUAUCGUUUCUCUGUGCGCCAUAAGCGCGGUUCGCGCUGGCGGUCUUUUGGGAGUUGGCCCGGCGGUGUAUAGCAGCCACGCAAUCGCUGCCCCCGCUGUGGUCACCAAGACUAUCACUCCUGCUGUCUCCUCUGUGUCUUCUUACUCCACCCACACUGCUCACGGUGCACCCAUCGCCACCUAUGCUGCUGCACCUGCCAUCGCCACCACCUACGCCGCCGCUCCGGCCAUCGCCACUACCUACGCCGCUGCUCCCCCUGUGAGCAAGAUCAUCACUCCUGCUGUCUCUUCCAUAUCUUCGUACUCGACCCAAACCACACAUGGCUCUCCCAUAGCGACCUACGCCGCUCGCCCAGCUGUAGCUUAUGGCACUCAGCUUCUCGCCACACCUGCUGUGGGCGCAUAUUCCACCCGCACUUACGCCGCUCCCGCUGCAACUUCGUACUCUUCCUACUCCACCCAAACUGCUCACAGCAGUCCCAUUGUGGCUAAGACCUACGCCGCUCCCGCGUACUCUACUUACGCCGCCCCCGCGUACUCCACCUACGCCAGCCCCGCGUACUCUACCUACGCCGCCGGCCCCGCGUACACGACCUAUGCUGCGGCUGCCCCUAUUCUCCGAUCCUCCGUUGCGUACUCAGCCGCUCCUGCUGUCUCCCACAUCUCCUACAGCGGUCACGGUGCUAACUAUGGUUGGUAA